AUGCGUAAAGCCUCCACGACAUCAGCCAAAGCCCUGGAGGCAUCUUAUGCGGUGUCUUUGCUCAUAGCUAAAGCCAAGAAACCAGACACCAUAGCCGAAGACCUGCUCCUUCCUGCUGCUGCUGUGCUGGCUGAGACCGUGCUGGACACAAACGCAGCGGAGAAGUUAAAGACUGUGCCUUUGUCAAAUGACUCUGUCUGCCGCAGAAUAGACAAAAUGGGAACAGACAUUGUCGAAAAAGAUCUGAGAGGAACUGCACUUGCCUCCAUCGUCUCCUUCCAGAUUGAUCAUGACACGGGGUGCUGGGGGUCGGCAGGGGCGGGACACGGGGAGCUGGCGUCAGCACCCCGUGUCCCGCCCCUGCCGACGCCAGCCACCCUGGGCCACGCCAGCUCCCCGGGUCCCGCCCCUGCCGACGCCAGCACCCCGUGUCCUGCCCCUGCCGACGGCAGCCACCCUGGGCCACGCCAGCUCCCCGGGUCCCGCCCCUGCCAACGCCAGCUCCCCGGGUCCCGUCCCUGCCGACGCCAGCACCCCGUGUCCUGCCCCUGCCGACGGCAGCCACCCUGGGCCACGCCUGCCCCGGUCCCGCCCCUGCCGACGCCGGCUCCCCGGGUCCCGCCCCUGCCGACGCCAGCUCCCCGGGUCCCGUCCCUGCCGACGCCGGCUCCCCGGGUCCCGCCCCUGCCGACGCUGGCUCCCCGGGUCCCACCCCUGCCGACGCCAGCCACCCUGGGCCACGCCAGCUCCCCGGGUCCCGCCCCUGCCGACGCCAGCUCCCCGUGUCCCGACCCUGCCGACGCCGGCUCCCCGGGUCCCGCCCUGCCGACGCCGGCUCCCGGUCCCGCCCCUGCCGACGCCCGGCUCCCGGUCCCGCCCCUGCCGACGCCCGGCUCCCGGUCCCGCCUGCCGACGCCAGCUCCCGGUCCCGCCCCUGCCGACGCCGCUCCCGGUCCCGCCUGCCGACGCCGGCUCCCCGGGUCCCGUCCCUGCCGACGCCGGCUCCCCGGGUCCCGCCCCUGCCGACGCCAGCUCCCCGGGUCCCGCCCCUGCCGACGCCGGCUCCCCGGGUCCCGCCCCUGCCGACGCCAGCCACCCUGGGCCACGCCAGCUCCCCGGGUCCCGCCCCUGCCGACGCCGGCUCCCCGGGUCCCGCCCCUGCCGACGCCAGCUCCCCGGGUCCCGCCCCUGCCGACGCCGGCUCCCCGGGUCCCGCCCCUGCCGACGCUGGCUCCCCGGGUCCCACCCCUGCCGACGCCAGCCACCCUGGGCCACGCCAGCUCCCCGGGUCCCGCCCCUGCCGACGCCAGCUCCCCGUGUCCCGACCCUGCCGACGCCGGCUCCCCGGGUCCCGCCCCUGCCGACGCCGGCUCCCCGGGUCCCGUCCCUGCCGACGCCGGCUCCCCGGGUCCCGUCCCUGCCGACGCCGGCUCCCGGUCCCGCCUGCCGCGCGCUCCCGGUCCCGUCCUGCCGACGCCGGCUCCCGGGUCCCGCCCCGUCCCGACGCCGGCUCCCGGUCCCGCCCCUGCCGACGCCAGCUCCCGGGUCCCGCCUGCCGACGCCGGCUCCCGGUCCCGCCCUGCCGACGCUGGCUCCCGGGUCCGUCCCUGCCGACGCUGGCCCCGGUCCCGCCCCUGCCGACGCCAGCUCCCGGUCCCGCCUGCCGACGCCGGCUCCCGGGUCCCGCCCUGCCGACGCCGGCUCCCGGGUCCCGCCCCUGCCGACGCUGGCUCCCGGUCCCGCCUGCCGACGCCAGCUCCCGGUCCCGCCCCUGCCGACGCCGGCUCCCGGUCCCGCCCUGCCGACGCUGGCUCCCGGUCCCGCCCUGCCGACGCCAGCCACCCACCGCCACGGCUCCCGGUCCCGCCUGCCGACGCCAGCUCCCGGUCCCGCCCCUGCCGACGCCGGCUCCCGGGUCCCGCCCCUGCCGACGCUUGGCUCCCGGGUCCCACCCCUGCCGACGCCAGCCCCGGGUCCCGCCUGCCACGCCAGCUCCCGGUCCCGCCCCUGCCGACGCCAGCUCCCGGUCCCGCCCUGCCGACGCCCGGCUCCCAGGUCCCGCCCCUGCCGACGCCCGGCUCCCGGUCCCGCCCCUGCCGACGCCCGGCUCCCGGUCCCGCCUGCCGACGCCAGCUCCCGGUCCCGCCCCUGCCGACGCCGGGCUCCCGGGUCCCGCCCUGCCGACGCCGGCUCCCGGUCCCGCCCCUGCCGACGCCGGCUCCCGGUCCCGCCUGCCGACGCCAGGCUCCCGGGUCCCGCCCUGCCGACGCUGCUCCCGGUCCCGCCUGCCGACGCCGGCUCCCGGUCCCGCCCUGCCGACGCCGGCUCCCGGUCCCGCCCCUGCCGACGCCAGCUCCCGGUCCCGCCCUUCCGACGCUGGCUCCCGGUCCCGCCUGCCCACGCCAGCCCCCGGUCCCGCCCUUCCGACGGCGGCUCCCGGGUCCCGCCUGCCGACGCCAGCUCCCUGGUCCCGCCCUGCCGACGCUGCUCCCGGUCCCGCCUGCCGACGCCGGCUCCCCGGGUCCCGCCCCUGCCGACGCCAGCUCCCCGGGUCCCGCCCCUGCCGACGCCAACUCCCCGGGUCCCGUCCCUGCCGACGCCGGCUCCCCGGGUCCCGCCCCUGCCGACGUCAGCUCCCCGGGUCCCGCCCCUGCCGACGCCAGCUCCCCGGGUCCCGCCCCUGCCGACGCCAGCCACCCUGGGCCACGCCAGCUCCCUUUGUCCUGUCGUCCUGUCGUCGACCCAGCCGACUCCAGCUUCAGACACCCACUUCAGACCCUCGCUUCUCAGAGCCCCUGCUCUCCUAAGCCCAGUCCCUCCUCAUUUAUUCUUGCAAGAAAGAGCACAGGUGAAAUCAUGCCAGGUGAAAAUCAUCAGGUCAUUUAUUCUUGCAAGGAGGAGAAGAUCUAG